GAGCUUUCUGUCAUUUUACUGCCUGAACAGCAGCUUUGAGCCAAAGGAGGAAGAAGCUCCUCCCUCUUAGUGAAGUGGGUCAAAGGUGAACAUUCACUUCCUCCUCUGAUCAGAGCGGUUAAAGUGAGUCUGAGCGUUCAGCAUGGCUUCCAUACCAGAGAACCUCAUCUGCUCCAUCUGUCAGGAGGUCUUCAAGCAUCCCGUGCUUCUGACCUGCAAUCACAGCUUCUGCAGAGGCUGUCUGAAGACCUGCUGGAAGGAGAAGCCAGGAGCAGAAUGUCCGGCCUGCAGGAGGAGGUUUUCCAAGGAGGAGCCUCCCAUCGACAUGUCUCUGCAGCGCCAGUGUGAGACAUUCCUGCAGCAGAGAGCCUCUGAGGGCUUCUGCCAGCUGCACUCCGAGAGUCUGGACCUGUUCUGUUUGGACCACCAGCAGCCCGUCUGUCCUGUCUGCAGAGGUUCUCACCAACAUGCUGGACACACCUUCUCACCCAUCCAGGAGGCUGCUCAGCAGCACAGGAAGCAGCUUCAGGAAACCCUGGAGCCUCUGAGGAGGAAGCUGGAGCUGAGGAGGAAAGUUCAGGAGGAGUUCAGCCAGACAGCAGAACACAUGAAGGUCCAGGCCCGGUCCACAGAGAGGCAGAUCAGGGACCAGUUCCAGAAGCUUCAUCAGUUUCUGCUGGAGGAAGAGGAGGCCAGGCUGGUCUCUCUGAGGGAGGAAGAGGAGCAGAAGAGCAGGAUGAUGAAGGAGAAGAUGGAGGCUCUGAGAAGAGAGAUAGCAGCUCUGUCCGAGACAGUCCGCAGCACAGAGGAGCAGCUGAGCGCUGGAGAUAUCUCCUUCCUGAGGUGCUACCAGGCUGCAGCCCAGCAGGUCCACCAGCACCCCCUGCUGGAGGACCCACAGCUGCCCUCAGGAGCCCUGAUAGACCAGGCCAAACAUCUGGGCAACCUGACCUUCAACAUCUGGAGCAGCAUGAAGGACAUGGUGUCCUACACUCCUCUGGUCCUGGACCCAAACUCCGCCCACCCAGAGCUCCUCCUGUCUGAAGAUCUGACCACGCUGAGGCGAGGAGAGAAGCAGCCGCUGCCUCAGAACCCGGAGCGGAUCGGGUCUUACAGCUCGGUUCUGAGCUCCCAGGGGUUCUGCUCAGGGAGCCACAGCUGGGAGGUGGAGGUGGGAGACAGCACCUACUGGCUGCUGGGUCUGAUGCCAGAAUCCGUCCACAAAACAGGAGACACGCAGUCCGGGUUCUGGAGGAUCGGGUUCUACGGAGGGAGUUACUCUGCACUGGACCCAGCAGGUUCCGCUAACAUCCUCCCAGUCCAGAGGAAGGUCCAAAAGGUCCAGGUCAACCUGGACUGGGAAGCAGGAAAACUGACCUUCUCCGAUCCAGACACAGACACUCACAUACACACCUUCACACACACCUUCACUGAGAAGCUCAUGGCCUUCAUCAUGAAUGUGGACCAGAACCCAGUGAGGGUUCUACCAGGGAAGAUCUCCAUCAACCUCAGGAGGUAGACGUCCCACACCAGCGUCCAACCGGAGGAGAUCUCCAUCAACCUCAGGAGGUAGACGUCCCACACCAGCGUCCAACCGGAGGAGAUCUCCAUCAACCUCAGGAGGUAGACGUCCCACACCAGCGUCCAACCGGAGGAGAUCUCCA